GCCUAAGAAAAAGAAUGGAGCCUCAAUCAGAUAGCACGGACGAAAUUGCAAACAUCAAAGAAAUUCGCCAACAAAUCCAGUCUCGUAUUGAAACGCUACGCAAUUCUCAGCUUGAAAUUAUAUCUUCUCUCCAAUAUGGUGUAGUUCCAGACAUUACCUCGUCUCUCGAUCUCCAUCUCAAGGUCGUUUCCUCCUUCAAUGGCCGCCCUUUCACCCCUCUUCCGAACCCUCUUCCCGCUCCUAACCCUAAUACUAGACGACGCAUUCAACCACCGCCCCCUGCUCUUCCGAUCAAAAUCUCAAAACUUUCCGAUGAUUUACACCCAAAACCCUCGACUGAGGGUUUUGCAGGGGAUGAAGGUGGGAGUGGAGCUACGCCGUUGGCUACUGUGAGGUCAAUGGUGGCAGUUUGUUUGUUGGAGAGGGUUCCAUUUACGGAGAUUGAUUCGGCGUCGAUUUUGAGUAAGUUGGAGAGCGAUAGUUUCCAGUCUGUUACGGUAGCGGAGAAGGCGGCGUUGAGGGAGGUGGCUGGAGGGGAGACGAUACUAGCGGUGGAGUUGGCGUUGAGGUCAAUGGCAGAGGACAACGGCGGGGUUCAGUUAGAGGAGUUCAAAGUGAAUGGGAAAUUUAGGGUUUUGGUGAAGGGGAUCGAUAGAACCAAAUUAGUCAAAGAGUUGCCAGAGAGUAAACAAAACGAAUCAAAUUCAAAUAAUUCAAGUGGUGGGAAUGCGAUUCAGCAAAGCUCUAGGACAAUCGGCGAUGGCGGUUGGAUGGGGCAAGGAGACCCUAGUCAGUUCGGCGGCGGUCAGAUAAUGGGGCCGAGGGGUAUGAUGGGGAUGCUAGGGAGGCCUCGAGGAAUGGGUGUUAACCCGAUGCAUAGACCACCACCAUCAAUGGGUGGGAUGUAUUCGCCGAUGCAUAGCAGCGGUGGUGGUUCAAACGGGAAGCCACCGAGAACAGAGGAGGACGAUCUUAAAGAUCUUGAAGCUUUACUUAAUAAGAAGUCUUUCAAGGAGUUACAGAAAUCAAAAACAGGAGAGGAGUUGUUGGACCUCAUCCAUCGUCCUACUGCAAAGGAAACUGCCGUUGCUGCAAAGUUCAAAAGCAAAGGUGGUUCUCAAGUAAAGGAAUACUGUACAGCUUUGACUAAAGAAGACUGCAGACGCCAAUCUGGUUCUUUCAUCUCUUGUGAAAAGGUUCAUUUCAGGCGGAUAAUUGCUGUCCACACUGAUAUGAACCUUGGCGACUGUUCUUUUCUUGACACAUGUCGUCACAUGAAGACUUGCAAGUAUGUACAUUAUGAGCUUGAUUCAACGCCAGAUGUGGCACACAUGAAUAUGAUGAUGGGUGUUUCUGGACCUUCAAAGCCAUUAAAGCCUCAACGAGCUGAGUAUUGUUCAGAAGUGGAGCUUGGUGAAUCGCAAUGGAUUAACUGUGACAUUCGGAACUUCAGAAUGGAUAUAUUAGGACAAUAUGGAGUGAUAAUGGCUGAUCCACCAUGGGACAUUCAUAUGGAGUUACCUUAUGGCACCAUGGCUGAUGAUGAGAUGAGGAAUCUGAAUAUCCAAGCAUUACAGACUGAUGGUCUUAUCUUUCUUUGGGUAACAGGAAGAGCAAUGGAACUAGGACGUGAAUGUUUGGAACUUUGGGGAUAUAAGAGAGUGGAGGAAAUAAUAUGGGUGAAGACGAAUCAACUUCAAAGGAUAAUAAGAACAGGGAGAACUGGUCAUUGGUUGAAUCAUAGCAAAGAACAUUGCCUUGUUGGGAUUAAAGGAGAUCCGAUUGUCAACAGGAAUAUUGAUACAGAUGUCAUUGUUGCAGAGGUUCGAGAAACAAGUCGUAAGCCUGAUGAGAUGUAUCCUUUGUUGGAGAGGAUAAGUCCAAGAACAAGAAAGCUGGAGUUGUUUGCUCGUAUGCACAACACACAUGCAGGGUGGAUGUCACUUGGUAAUCAGUUGAGUGGUGCACGGCUGGUGGAUGAUGGGCUGAGGGCAAGAUUUAAGGCGGCUUACCCGGAGGUUGAGGUGCAGCCAGCAUCUCCGCCAAGGGCGUCUGCUAUGGAAGUGGAUACAACAAGUCCAAGUCCAUUCAGUGAAUCAAAACCCAUGUCUGCUCAUUUUUCUUCUGAUCCCAACUAUGGAGCUGAAUCAAAUAAGCCCAUGGAUGAAUCUUGAUAACACCACUCACUUGUCAAUGCAGCAAAAGCAAGAAGCCAUAGGAUGAUAGCCUUACUGUUGUUAUAAUACAACAUCAUUUCAACCUUUUUUGCUUUUAGAUGUCUUGCACAACAUUUGAAAUUAUUUAUAUCGUGUUAUAUUUAUUGACCAUGUGGUAAUUAUAUUACCAAGAAAAGGCAGCAUCUUAGUCAUACAUUACUACUUUUAAGCAGUUUGUAUUGUUGGUGAUUUUAGUGUUUACCAAGUUUUUGUGUAAUGGAAUUUGUAAGAUUUCAAACUUUGAUUCUAUACAAGUUGGGGG